CUCAGGGAUGUUGCAUGGGCAUGCUGCCCACACCCAGAGUUCUGUGUCAGGCUAGUGCACGUUAGAGUGGCACGAUAUUAGGUCAGGCCAGGAAACUGAAGGAAGACUUCUUUUUGAUAUUUGAGUUUGUUUCUGCUGUCAGUAGGGCUAUAGAAGUAGUUGUGAAAACAUAGAGAAUCCUGCAGACUUGGUGGGCUUUUAACAGGCAUGAUGUCUUUGCACUGUAGUUGGAAACUUUUCCAUAUAGAGUGCAUACUUUUGUGUCUCUGCUGUCUCUGCUGCAUCUAGAGAGAUGGGAACGGUUCAUAUCUGAAUGUUCUCAUCGUCAUAUGAUGAUACUUGUAUCUGAUUUCCAUUUGUUCCACAUUUCCAUUUCCAUUACAUAGGUGUGAUUUAAGUAAAGGAUGUAAAAAUCUAUCUUAAGAGUUUUUUUAAAUAAAGUUGGCAGUGGGUGUUUUAUAAUCUCAUGUAAGAUCUGAUGUAAUUUUGUGUACAGUGUUUUUUUUAUAUCAGUCAGUGCAUCAGUGUAAAUAACAAUAAUUUUACCAUUGUGUUAGCAUUGUUUAUUCAGACAGAUAAAGGAUAUAAGCAUGCGCAUUCAGUGAUAUUGAUUUACAUGUUAAAAUUAAUGUUUUGGAUAUAAUAUACUGUCGUAUAUUUGUAACACUUAAGAGCCAGAAGUGGUAGAAGUUAAACUUAUUGAAGAAUCAUUCCCAUGUCAAAUUACAGGUAGCUCAUUUAAUCAGUAAUUCUAAUUCAAAUGAACAGGCUUAACUUAAAAUGAGAAAACAUCAAGUAUACAAACCACUGGGGAAACCUGGAAGCUGGUCAUAUGACUUACAACAGUAGCACUAGCAAGACUUCUCAAUACGUAAGCCAUACUAAUAAAUAUAUAGACAGAACAUUAAUCACAAGGAAUGUGUGUAAAUGAUCAUGGGGGAGUGGUCAGGGCAGAUUUGGAACAGGAGUGAGGAAACAAUGCAGAAUUUGAUAUGAAUAUGUAGUGUGUAAAGAUGUGCUGUGUACACCAGGUGGCACCAUAACAUCGGCAUGGAGGAUGGAGGCAUCUAACCAGUGACUGAUGCAGAGUUUGAAAAAGGAACCUGAGACAGUAUCAGGCUGACAUAAGAGCAAAAACAUGGGCUUAGACAGUAGCUAAGACAGCACCAAGAACAGAAGCUGAGACUCAGACUGACACAAGAUCUAAGCAGAUCUAAGAUCUAAGAAAGUGUCUAGGAGUUUUAAUAUAUAUACGUAACUGACAAAUGGGGGCAUGUCCUUAGAACCGUGGACCAAGGUAGCAGGUUCAAAAUGUCUUUAUUUAGUCUUUUUAUUGAAUAAUUUAAACAUGCAGGAUAGGGUUGGGGGAAAACACUUGAUGACAACGCACUUGGAGAGUCAGAUUAGAAUUAAACUCUCACAACGCAUAACUCUUAGUAAAUUAUUGAGCUAUUCAUCUUAAAGCAUAAUAUAACAAUGGUAAAUUAUUCACCCGUAGCAAAACUAAGAAAAUAGUAUAUAAAUAGUUAGUAGAGUGAGGAAAUUAACUCAGGAAUUUAAAGAGAUAAAGAUCAGUUUGAUAAAUAUUUACACUGUUUAUUUAUGAAAAUACCCAAAAUAUUACCAAUAUUAGUUGUACAACCAACAAAAUUAGAAUUAAGUGUCAUAGUGAUGUGACUCAAAGCUAUUUCUACUAAAUGAACACAAUAGAAAACCAGAAACAUUUACCCAUUUGCUCAACAGUUGCAACUUAUUUUUUUUGAACAUCUUAAUUAAAGUGCAUUAUCUGAGCCUGAGUUUACUGAGUUUAUUGCCGACAUUAUUUGCUAAACUCAAGUGAGUGAAAAGCACAUGUUUAAUUCUGGAACGCAUGUUUUAGAGUGGCAUUUAGUCACACAUUGGUAGUGAAACUUAAAAAAAAUUUUGUCACAGUCUUUAAGGACUGUUUAUUUCUCUGCCAGCUUUAGUCCAUGCGAUUUGCAUGUCAGCCAUUCACCUUUGCCCAUGCCACCAGAGAGUGUUUGCAUGCACAAGAGUGUCUUUUCCCAGAUAACUGUCACAGCCCACACUUUUACUCACCCUGUGCCACAAGCCACUAUAUCUGCUAAACUGUGUUUCUUGCUUUGGGGUUUCCAGCUCAUCCAGAUGGGCUGGGAGCUACGGCUGGCUCUGAUUACAAUGCAUGAGUGUGUGUGGUGUUGUGUGAGAGAAGGGGCAGGUGCUAUUUAAAGCAGGGUAUCUGCUCACGUGGCUCUAUUAGUCUCUGUCCUGCUACUGUACUUUCCUCACUCUUCCCUUUGCUUGUGCUUGAUUGAGACCACUUGUGGGGCAGCGUCAAGUCCGAGGUCACUCAGGUGGGUGGGCAGAUGUUUGCCACUCACAGAAGCAGUCUGACUGAGUUGCGUGUGAGCCAUGGUGGCAGCCGCCUCAGCCGACAACAGAGUUUCCCUUCGGAAUCCCUACAGGUGCCCAAGGUGGGCAGCAGCGGGCGCAGGAGCAGCAGCAGCAGUGGCCGGCUUCUCUCGCUCUCCUUCAGUGAAAGCAUGCGAAGCGAAAUUGACCGCUACCUGUCUGAGCAGAGUCUGUGCCCACUGCGCCAGGACAGAAGUAAUCACGCCAACUUGAAGGGGAUAAGAGAAGUGCGGGCAGCUGCUCAGCUGAAGAAUCUGGAGGACUUCCUAAGGAGCAAUGAUGUGUCUCUGCAGGAUUGUGUGGCCUAUCAUACAGGCAUGAAGUACAGAAACCUUGGAAAGUCUGGCUUGCGGGUGUCAUGUCUAGGGCUAGGCACGUGGGUAACUUUUGGAGGACAAAUCACAGAUGAGAUAGCAGAGCAGUUAAUGACGCUGGCAUAUGAAAAUGGGAUCAACCUGUUUGACACAGCUGAGGUGUAUGCUGCGGGCAAGGCCGAAGUGGUUCUUGGCAGUAUCAUAAAGAAGAAAGGGUGGAGACGUUCCAGUUUGGUUAUUACCACCAAGAUCUACUGGGGUGGAAAAGCAGAAACAGAAAGAGGAUUGUCAAGAAAGCAUAUAAUAGAGGGUCUGAAAGCGUCAUUGGAGAGACUGCAGUUAGAAUAUGUUGAUGUAGUAUUUGCUAAUAGACCAGACCCCAACACACCAAUGGAAGGAAAUCCAUUUAACACCUCAAAAACAAGAACAUUCAUCAUAGAAGAGACAGUGCGAGCAAUGACCCACGUGAUUAACCAAGGAAUGGCCAUGUACUGGGGCACGUCUCGCUGGAGUUCAAUGGAGAUCAUGGAAGCAUACUCAGUGGCACGGCAGUUUAACUUGAUCCCACCAAUAUGUGAGCAGGCUGAGUACCACAUGUUCCAGAGGGAGAAAGUAGAGGUUCAGCUGCCUGAGCUCUUCCACAAGAUAGGUGUGGGUGCCAUGACAUGGUCCCCUCUGGCUUGCGGGAUAAUCUCAGGGAAGUAUGAUAGUGGUGUGCCCCCUUCCUCACGUGCCUCUCUGAAGGGCUACCAGUGGUUGAAGGACAAGAUCCUGAGUGAGGAAGGCCGGCGUCAGCAGGCGAAGCUGAAAGAGCUGCAGGCCAUCGCAGAGCGGCUCGGCUGCACGCUGCCCCAGCUGGCCAUCGCGUGGUGUCUACGGAACGAGGGAGUGAGCUCUGUGCUGCUAGGCGCAUCCAGUACCGACCAACUCAUGGAGAACAUAGGAGCCAUCCAGGUUCUAUCAAAGUUGUCAUCCUCUAUCAUUCAUGAGGUGGACAGUAUUCUAGGAAACAAGCCAUACAGUAAAAAAGACUACAGGUCCUAAAGGGAGCCUUUCUCUGCUCGCUGUCCUUUUGCUCCUACAUCUGCUUGAGCUUUAACUGAAUGAGACUUUGGCUCACGGGACCGGACCUGGCACAGUUGCAGUUUGUGCUGGAGAUACCAACUCACACUCAGUAGAGUCUACUGAUUCAGCUAGGAGGAAUUAAAUGUCUUCAGAAUGGCAAAUGGAGGAAGAAUCAUAGACCAAAUCAGCUGGACAAACAGAAUACUCCUUUAACCCACAGAGGCGCCUCUAAAACAUGCACGCUCGUUGACUCACUUGCUUUUUCCCUUUUAGGAAUCUUCUAGUAAACACAUAGGGUUCCAGAGAACAUCUGUACGUGUUCUAUAACUGCAUGUGAUUCACAGGGCUAGACACAUGCUUUUUGUCCUUUAUCUUGGAAAUAUAACCAUUUUAAAAAUGCUUUUGGAACAUAGUUAGCAUAUCAUUUCUAAGAGCACUGGUUGUGUAUUUCAGCCACUAACAACUUCAUAGGGGAAUUAAACAGUGCAUUUGUGAAGAUCAGUUAAGUAGAAAUUUCAUGCCUUUCACCUUUUGUUCUUCAGUGUCUCUGAAUGGAGGUAGAGAUUGGAUACUUUUCUCUUAGACUAAAGUAUAGACUAAAGUUUAACCUUAACAUCUGUAGUAAUGCCACAUACUUUUUCCAUCCAUUAGAGAUUCCUAAACAUCUGAUCAUGGGAGUAGAACAGUUUUCAAAUUUGUCGGUUUGAAAUAAAGAGUUAAGAUUAGCAAAUAACUACCACAAUUUAUUUCUUAACUAGCUUGACAAGUAGCUUUCUCUGUAUGUGGAAACAGCAAAAAGAUUGGACAGUAACUGCAUUCUGUGUAGUUAGGAAGCAAGUGAACAUCUUAAAUAUUACUACAUUCACAUUUCUCAGAGGUCACUGAAGGAACACCAAAGAAUUCUUAUUAUGUAUGUAUUCUCCUCGAUUUUACUCUUAUUCUUACAUAUUGGAAACAGAAAUACAUCCAAACAGGGAUGUUUAUUUAGCAGGACCAUAAUAUAAAAAUACUCUUCUAUGAAUAUUAGGUGUAAUAUAGAGUGUAAUAUUAAGUAAUUAAUCUUAUAUCCAUUCAUUGUUUGAUUUGCCUUAAUGCUCAAAAUUUUAAAUCAUGUUGUUUUUAUUUUCUCAUUAAACAUAUCCUAUUACAUGCAUAUAAAUACAUAUAUCAAACAUACAUUUAUAACAAACCUUUCUACUGUGUUUAUGGAAUGGGCUUUUUGGGACUGGUACUGUUUAUGCUUGUCUUUUCAUGUUGAAAGGUAAGGUUGAAGCACUUUUUUUUUUUUAAUUGUUUUAAAGAGGUUCUAGUUGAUUUUUACUCCAAAAACCAGUGUUUACAUAUUGGAGUUGCCUGUUUUUUCUGGGUGAGCAGGCAGUGAUAUAUUUCUUUUGUUAUUUGUAUGGCCAGUGGCUCCCUCUGCUGAGCAGUGAUGCUCUUUAACAAAGCCAUAAACCUACAGCACCACCAAAACCACUCACCAAACAAGCAUGAAAACAGACCCAUGUAUGUGUAUGUAUGUGUACAGUCCGAAUUAAGUCUUGCAAAAUUACAUUUACUCAUUUGUUAUCACUUUAAUAUUAUACUAUUUGCAUCAUAGGCCAUUAUGCACAUCUUGUAUAAAACUGAAAAGUGAAUUAGAGCUCAUUAGAGCCUCACUGUGAAGGAUCAGUUUCUAUUUUAUAUUUGACUGCUAAUAGAUUACAGUGAAGCCCAAAUUAACUGGCUAAAGGCUAUAAACCUCUCCCUUUCCUAAAUACAUUAAUAAAACCUUAAUCCAUUUUACUAUCCCAAACUUUUAGUGAGUGUGCUUGUUUAAGCUUUUUAGGAUCACUUUAGGCAGAGCUAAUAGCUGAACAACAUUGAUUUGGACGCAGUUGCCUCUGUCUGCUACAUAUGCUGAUAAUGGUUACUGUAAAAUGUUAAUGUCAAAGGCAAUCAUAUGUGCUUGCCUUAGUGUAAUUUGUAUCACAUUGCUAUUCGUCCAGUCGGGACAUCAGUAUUACUGUAAUUGGCAUUAAAGCUCAUGGCAACACAUAAUGGUCUGUGAAAGAGUAUUUACUUUAUUUGCGCUUUCACAGUAGGCCAUUAACAUCUGAUUAUUAGGGGUUGGAGCCAUAUGUGUGCUGCGAAGUGCUGAUGAUUGUUUAAGCUCUUGAUGCAUGUCAUUAAAAUCUAAAACAGCUUUUUAGAUUUACUCAAGGUUUUUCUUCAACGAUGAAUUUUUUUAGCUCAACUUAAGUGCCAUUGACAUUACAUGCACAAAGUUGUCACCUCUUUUUUUGUUUCAUUUUGGUUAAAUGAUGGGAUGACUCGAUUCCUCAGUCUGACCUCUAUGUACUGUACUGGUAUUAACAUGUAAUUUAUUUUGCCUCGGGUAUCAUUUCUUACAUUGUGCUUGACAGAAAAUAUGUACAGCUUAGAAUUAAUGAAAAUAAAUCAUAUUAAAAAUGCA